AUGAUCUCUAAGGACGGAAAUUUCAUCAACGUGAGUGCUAUUGUUCCGGUUAGGAAUGGAAGUGCUUGGUUAGGCGAAUGCCUUGAUUCGUUAUUGAAUCAACAACUCAGCAAAAACAUCAAAUUCCAGGUGUCAAUUUAUGAUGAUGGCAGCAUUGACGAUACAAUGCAGUUAGCUCUAAGCUAUCGGUCGAAAUUCGAAUCUCGAAGAAUUAAUUUCAUUUUUUCAUCCGAUAAGAUUUCUCGAGGUUAG